AUAUAACGUCUCUGGCAGUAUCACAGGAAGACCCGCCGGCAAGAAAGAGUGAAAUACCAAGGGAGGAACAAGCCGCAUCCACGCUUCUUUUAUGUGUCUUCUUUAAAAAAAUAAAUUGACAUCUCCGCAACAACCAGCUUAAAUAUGGCUGUAAAUGUGUACUCGACCUCCGUGACCAGCGACAACCUGAGUCGCCAUGACAUGCUGGCGUGGAUCAAUGAAUCCCUGCAACUCAACUUGACCAAGAUUGAGCAUCUGUGUUCAGGUGCGGCAUAUUGCCAGUUCAUGGAUAUGUUGUUCCCUGGCUGUGUACCUUUGAAGAAAGUAAAAUUUGCAGCCAAGCUAGAACAUGAAUACAUUCAGAACUACAAGCUACUGCAAGCGGCCUUCAAGAGAAUGGGUGUUGAUAAAAUUAUUCCUGUGGACAAAUUGGUUAAAGGCAAAUUCCAGGACAACUUUGAAUUUGUCCAGUGGUUUAAGAAAUUCUUUGACGCCAACUAUGAUGGCAAAGAGUACGAUCCUGUGGAGGCACGUCAGGGUCAGGACUCUGCACCUUUACCCAGCCCAGCGGUGCCAGCCCUGAACAAGCCCAGGAAAGUCAUGGCUGCUGCUCCACAGCGCCCAGCUGCAAAGGUAGCCCCUAAGAUGGCACCUAGCGGUCUAAGGAGGCCAGGUAGCAGUGGUGGUGGUGAUGAUGAGCGGGCAGAACUUGUCCAGGAGCUUAAUGUACUGAAAUCCACGAUCCAGGACAUGGAGAAGGAGAGGGACUUUUAUUUUGGCAAAUUGAGAAACAUUGAGCUAAUUUGCCAAGAGAAGGAAGGGGAAGGUGACCCCACACUGCAGAGGAUUAUUGAUAUUCUCUAUGCCACAGAUGAGGGCUUUGUCAUACCUGAUGCAGAUGCAGAAUCAGAAGACCAGGACCAGGAGGAGUUUUAACACUUCAAACUGGAUACAACGUCACUCCUAUCACCACCAACCACCUCCUCUUUCUUCUGGACACCCUGCCCCACGGCUAUUUAAAGAGAAAUGAAUCCCAAAUGUGUUCUGCCUUUGGGAAAUAGUCUUUCCAAAUGAACUGUCACAUCAAACCAUGUUUUAGAACCAUGCAGCAAUGACCAGCUGAGUUUGAAGAAUCCCCUGUGAGGCUCCUCUGGCUGCUCUCCGGCCAGCUUCGGUUUGGAGCUCAGGGACAAGAUGACCACCGUCUGUGUUCCGCCCCUGGUUGAGAGGAGAGGGUUGUUUGUCUGUAAGAUUCAACUUCCUGUUGCGUUUCCUCUUCUUUUUUUUGUCUGUUUUUAGUGCUCCUUUUGCAAUAUCACAGUAUCAAGUUCAUUCGGACCUGCAAUGUUAAGUCAACCCAGUGUCGCCCAUCUUUUAAGUUUACAUAUUGGAAUUUUUAUGGUAUGCAUCAUAAAAUCCUUAUUUUGUUGUUUCCGGACAGAAUGAUGUCGUGGUCCUUAACUUUGUAGUUACAGAAGUACCAUCAUGUGCUUUCAAUCUUUUGGGCCCAUAACGCUUGAGUUCCUCACCUCUCAGCCUGUUUGCCUUGUCAAAAUGAAAUGCAGUUAGAAUUUUCUUCAAGUAUCUGUAGCAGUUUUAUAAUGUUUUAGCAGUCAGGUUUGGAGACACCCAGUGAUGGGACUGAAAAUAAAGUCUUCUUGCCAAAGCAUUUGGUGCAUUGCGAAAGAUGAUGCAAGACUGUCUGUAGGGCAUGUGUUUUUUGUUUUUCUCAAAGCAAACUAGAAUCAGUGGUGACUGGUACCUUCCUCAAAACAUGCCUUUACAAGAGAAAUACUGCCAGUCUUUGUACAAAGGCCAGAGAGUUAAGACUUUUAUACCGGUUUUGGAACUGCCUUGAAAGUGUUUCCUCAUUAAAUCUGAUACCUGUCCCCUAAUUACAGACCAGAGUGGUGUGGAUUUUGAAUGUUGCUGUUUUUUUGUUUGUUUUUUCCCUUUCCCAAUAGAUGUCAGGAUGCCUGCUCCUACUUUGGUUGUCGGAUAUGAAUUAGCUGCCUUUUAAAAGAGUAUCAUUUUCUAGCGUGAACUUCAUUCACUAUUUAAGAAAAGUAAAUUUCAUUGGAAUGUAUCGGAAGGAAAUGUUGUUGUUUUUUUUCCCCUUUAGGAAGCAUACCUCUGCAAUCAGACAUGUUAAAUUGCCUUUGGUCAGUGCAGUGGCAACCCAGGUCAAACCUGGCCAUGUGCUUUCUCUAUACAUGAUCAUGUGAACCGUGCUGGUGUGAUAUCAGGUUCUCUUUUUUUUUUUUUUUUUAAUGGAAGGACAUCUUGCACAAUCAUUUCAACAUUAACAACUUCUGGAGAUGCUGAUGUCUCUGUAUUCUGUGCCAAUUUGAUUUCCCACCCUUCUUUUUAAAAUCCAUUCUGUUGUGUGUGUGUGUGUGUGUGUGUGUGAGUGUUUUUAUAGUUUUUAUCUUAGAUUAUAAUUUUGAAGGGAGGUUAGGCCAAGGAAUGCCCAUUGAAGAACAGUCCCAUGUUCUUACAUUGUGAGGGGUGAUGAUUGUCUCCUGUGGCCUUCUGGAACAAUCUGCAGCGAGAUGCUUGUACACUGUGGGGCCAAUGGCCACAACUGCUUUCAUUUUCUUUUUCUAUCUUUUCUAUGCUCACUCACUCAGUCCUUUUGUCCCCUUUUGUACUUGCAGGUUGUUAGGUUUUUUCCUUUUUAAAUAGUAUUUACUGAAGUCUGUUUCUUACAAACAAUAAAUCUGUAUUUACAUGUGAAUGAA